CCCGCCCCCGGGCCCGCCCGUCGGCCGCGCCGCGUCAUGCCGGGCGCUGCUCGGCGCUAGUGCCCGGGGCCGCCGCCUCCCGCCCGCCCGAAGCCGCGCCCACUGUCCAGAGCCAGAGGGAUGGUGGUAGUCACGGGGCGGGAGCCAGACAGCCGUCGCCCGGACGGUGCCAUGUCCAGCUCCGACGCCGAAGACGACUUUCUGGAGCCGGCCACCCCGACGGCCACGCAGGCGGGGCACGCGCUGCCCCUGCUGCCCCAGGAGUUUCCUGAGGUUGUUCCCCUUAACAUUGGAGGGGCUCACUUCACCACACGCCUGUCUACUCUGCGGCGCUAUGAAGACACGAUGCUGGCGGCCAUGUUCAGCGGGCGACAUUUCAUUCCCACAGACUCCGAGGGCCGGUACUUUAUUGACCGGGAUGGCACCCACUUUGGAGAUGUGCUGAAUUUCCUGCGCUCAGGGGACCUGCCACCCCGGGAGCGUGUACGGGCUGUGUACAAAGAGGCUCAGUACUAUGCCAUCGGGCCCCUCCUGGAGCAGCUAGAGAACAUGCAGCCUCUGAAGGGGGAGAAAGUGCGCCAGGCGUUUCUGGGACUCAUGCCUUACUACAAAGACCACUUGGAGCGGAUUGUGGAGAUUGCCCGGCUGCGUGCAGUACAGCGGAAGGCCCGUUUUGCCAAGCUCAAGGUCUGUGUCUUCAAGGAGGAGAUGCCCAUCACCCCCUAUGAGUGUCCGCUUCUCAACUCCCUGCGCUUCGAGCGGAGUGAGAGUGAUGGGCAGCUCUUUGAGCACCACUGCGAAGUGGAUGUAUCUUUUGGGCCCUGGGAGGCUGUGGCUGAUGUUUAUGACCUACUGCACUGCCUGGUCACGGACCUCUCAGCCCAGGGCCUCACUGUGGACCAUCAGUGCAUCGGGGUGUGUGACAAGCACCUCAUCAACCACUACUACUGCAAGCGCCCCAUCUAUGAGUUCAAGAUCACAUGGUGGUAGGAGUGUGCCCACCCAGCCUAGGCUUUGCCCUCUUGUGUUGAGAGGUCUUCAGGGGAAGAAGAUACCACAGUUGCACGGUCACUGUGUGGCUAACAGCCAUGUCAGGUGGUUCUGAAAGAAAUCCCUCCUAUCAUGUCACCACUUCUUUCAAGGGCGAGAUAAAUGGCUCUAAGCUUAUGUAAGCCUUAGUGGUCGAGACCCUUACUUGAGGAAAAUGGGUAUAAGUUGCCCUUCCUCUGAAAGCAGAGUUUGACACCUUCCUGGCUAAUGAGUGUCCUCAUCAGGAUGCCCCAUGGAGUCACUUAAUGGAAUCACUUUCACGGAAAGGUGAGUUCUGACAUGCUGGGUAGCUAUGCCACCCUCCAACUGCUUCCUUAAAUCUCUGAUUAUUCUGACUUUUAAACAAAAGCACUGCUGCAUUACCUGUGCCAAAUGUAUUCCCUGACCUAAUUACUGUGCACACAAUCACAUAGUAAUGAUACACUAAUAAUACUUAAUAAGUUGGAAACUGAAGCUCAUGGAGACAUAAUUGCCUCAAGGGCAGAUAGCUAGUAAAUGGCCAAGUCAGGAUUCAAACCCAGGGCCCUUUUUGGAAAUCCUCACAGGUGUUCAACAGAGCCCUCCCUUCUUGUCAGUGGGACACUGACAACAGAGCUCAGUGUCCCACCUCUGAGACUCCCUAGGGCUUCACCCUGCUUCAGUCUGUGCAGAUUUUAAAAGCACAUACUCUAGAAGUCAUAUUAGAAAACUUCCUUGGAUGCGUAGGUCUUAAGUAGUCCCUGAGUAUUAAGGAGCUAGCUGGGGUCCCCAGUGUGCCUCCCUUCUUAGUAAGGGGCACAUGUUUGCUAGAUGGAGGAGGACCCUGCUCAUGGGCAAUGAGUGGAGGUCAGUAGUGGCUCUCUGGCUGGAUCCUGAGUAUGGCAGGAUGAUCCGGGACAGCUUGAGUUAAUCAGACUCUUGCAGUCUCCUGGCCUAACCACACAGAUGCAGCCUGAUCAUGUGGGGAGUGUGCCUGAGGCCGUGGCCCUCCUUCAGGGACCCCUGGCAUCAAGAGAAUAAUUGAAUGUGAGGCUCUUUAGUGUGGCUCGGGGGAUGCUGUGUGCCUGGCUUGGGACUUACGACCCUUAGAUCUGGGUCUCAGUUCUGCCUAUUUGUUCCUUUGUCAUCAUUUUGAAGAUGAUCUCGUAGCUAGCUUUGGUUACCUUUCAUUUUGAUUUGCUUAACUUCUAGCAUUUUGCUCAAGCUUGUGUUCACUUACCUUUAACUUCCUGUCCUUUGACUCCUUACCAUUUUGUUUUUCCUUUCAUGUACUUUAUACCGUUCUCUAUUUUUUAAACAUAAUUUUAAACUUUAUUUCUAACAUAACUUUAAAAUAAAGUGCCUAUAUGAAUAGGAUGCCAAUGAGCAUCUUGUUCUGAGCAAGGGUAAUUAUGUGCCUUUUUUCCCUUCUCCAGUCGUUUCUACAAUGAUCUUACUAGCUGUGAACAUUAGGCAUCUCAUUUCUCCCUUAGAUGAAUAUCUUCUUCUAAAGUCUAAAUAUAAGGAAAAACUGAUAGUGUUAUUACAAAAGUCGUAGAUCUGAUGUCCAAGCUUUUACCUCCCCCUCCACAAAGCUCCCUUCCCAGCAUAUACACACAGUAACAGUCAGUUGAGCCUUAGAAACGAGGCAGCCCCAUUCCCGAUUGCUAAGGACUUCUUCGGUCACACACUUGUUCUUCCUGAGCAUUGACAUAAUCUGAAGAUCCUGGGAUUCUACCACCUCCAACCACCUGGAACCAAGUGGAAACAGAACGGUUGUGCACCAGGAAAAAAAUCCAACACAACUGUAAGAAGGCUGAGUUGAACCAUCUUGAACCAUCCAGAAAUACUUCAUAAAAGGGGCCUAUAAUCAGAUUGUGAUGCACCUUUCUCACCCUUCUGUGAUCUCAGUAGCAAACUGAAUCACCCUUCCACAAACCAUGACUUUUUGAAGAUUCUCUUAAUGUAUUAUAGACCCUGUUUUUGUUUUUUUUUUCCUAUAUUAUGUGACCUUGGCAGAUGGCCUAGCUCCAGUAGAUCUUUGGAAUAGAUGUAUACAUACUUCUCUCCUUUAUUAAUAAAAUUAAGAAAUAGAACCCCAAAAGCACCACAAAACUUGGAGCUUGACCUCCGUUAAAAGAAAUUUAUAAGUUAAGAAUUUAGUUGAAAUCUUUAUACUUUUGUUAUUUUUGUAAGGGGAUUGGAUGGUAUCCUGAGUAGGUUUAAGUCCCUAGAAUGUUAUCAUGAGUAGGUUUAAAUCCCUAUAAAUUCCUUUUUUAGUGUGUUUUUCAACAUUA